GUGUCUCUGAUGCCGCAGCAGAAAGUCGCCGUGGCCACCGUCUGCUCUUUUUCGGCUUUUUCGGUUUUUCCAUCUACCCGGUUGCCAUGGAGCUGUCGGUGGAGUGUUCGUAUCCCGUUGGAGAGGCCACGUCAGCUGGACUCGUCUUUGUAUCGGGACAGGUUCAGUCGGUUGUCUACAUCGUCCUCCUUCAAGCUCUGACCACACGGCUCGCAGACUCUCCCCUGUCCACCUGCGGGGAAGCAGCCUUGAGCUGGAAGGUGCCCAUGAUGGUGAUGGCAGGGCUGUGCACUCUGUUCACCUGCUGCUUCCUCGUCUUCUUCAACACCCGCUACAGGCGACUGGAGGCCGAAGAACAAGCGACUUACGGGACCAGAGAGAGCCAGCAUCUAUACAGGAAUGAGCAGCCUCCGUGGAGGCGUAAAGCUGCUGAUAAUACAGAGGAAACAUGCCACUAUGAGUGA